AUGUCAGUACCGUCCAGCCAUGGCCGGCCCUCGGGAGACUCGGACCGCUGGACAACCUCCUCCCACACGUACAUUGCCAGCAACUCGGGCGCAUACACAGACAAUGGCGAGGGGAGCUCGUCCCCGCGGCGAAGCCAAGAUUCGCGGCCCGGCACAGGUGCAACCAACGGCCUGGGAGGAAGCGCAGCAUCGGCGAACCUGCUGGCUAGGGACUCGGUGCACGAAGAAGACUUUGCGCGCCGGAAGCAGCGCGUGAGGAGAUCUGGCGGCUUUCUCCUUGAUUCAAACUUCUCAAGCGGGCCACGGCAGCGCCACGCCAACCACGAGGCUCGCGGGGAGGACAAAGGAGGCAAGCGCAGCUCGCGACACUAUGGCGCCCACGAGAAGGAGGCAGGAAGCUCGCCGCUGUCGCGAGAGGUGCAGCGAGACGGCCUCAGUCCUGCUGCCCCCGGCGCAGCAUCCCGCAUCGACUUUGCCGAUUCACAGGACCGACACGACGAGCGCAUGCGCAUCGGCAAGACGAGGAGGAGUGCAUACGAUAUGCCGUCCACGGCCCAUGACCGCGAUCCCUCGCCCAACACUGCGCCGCCGCGGCAGGCCAUUGAUCCGAACCAGCUGGUACACAUGGCCCUGAACCUGAGCGAGAGCCGGAGGAGACAUACCAACACUGGCCAGCUUCUGUCGUCCCAGCCACGCGUCGCCUCUGGUUCGCAACGCGAAGGCAGCUUCUCCAACUAUGGCGCUGGCGGCAGUCUGAAGCACUAUCUCAACGAGCAACGGCGGACGUCACGCAACAUAUCUCCAAUGGGCAAGAGCUCUCCUACCCGCCACAUGUCUACCUCGAUGCAGAGAAGCGGAUCCAUUGCCUUUCCCACGUCCCAGAACAUCAACCCCUCAGCUGCCACGCUUGCACGAGUAGAAAAGGCCCGCGCAUACAUCGAGCUCCGCAUUGAGUACCUCCGACUACUGGAAUUCCUCCCGCCCCUGAAGCCCGAUGCGAACGCCCCAGGCAAUUUUGUCUUCACGUCGACCAACAGUCCAGGCAGUCCCCAAGCGCAGCUCACUCGUGUGCCGUCUCAUGCUGGCAAACAAUAUGAGCUCGGCCGGCCGUACAACCCUCUGCAAUACAUUCGAAACCGCCGGAGCAGGGCUCGGGAGCGCGUGACGCUCCAUCACUCGUCAGAAGAAUUCGAGGAUGUCGAGCAGGUACGCGAAUGGGUGGAUCGUGUGGAGCAACAGGCCAAACGAGCCGGCUAUCGUCGAGACGAUGCGGUACAGCUUCCCAAAAUCCAUCACGAUCACGAAGUGGGACCAGCGCCCCAGAAGCCUGCAAGACCUCACAAAGGCUGGAUCUUCAGCCCACAAGAGUUGCUUGCGGAUGCACACUGGUUGGAGCAAGACGACAACAAAAUGCUGGUAGAAAACCGCUAUGGCCGAAGGGUCUACCCACCCAAGGAGGUGCAGCAGAAAGACUUUCUCUCACCACGCGCAAGCAAAGAAUACUCUGGGGACCGAAGAAAGAGCUGGGUCGAUGGCUUCCCCAGCAUCGCAGUUGAUCACACGACAGGUGAUGAAAGCGACAAGGGCAGCGAACGUGGGCGCAAGCGAAGGCUACUUCCAGCGCUGCGCACUGACAGUCCGAGAGGAGGCAAACAUUCGAGGCGGGGCUCGCGACUGCGCAGCCAUGACGAUAGCGACAGUUCAGAGUCGGAAUCCGAUACCAGGAGACGGAAAGCUCGUAUUGUCACUGAUCCAGAUCACAACAUCGGUCCGCUGGCCUUGCUUCUCGAGCAACAAGCUAGACAGUCGCUGAGCGAAGCCAGGCCACCCCCUGACUUCACGCCAGAUACACCAAACAAGUGGGGUCGCAACGGAGACGUUACCUCCGAAAGCAAGCCUUCCCGAGACUCGCUGGAAGUUCCCCGACCUACAAAUGGCUUUGCAUUUAUCAAGGAUCGUGGCAACUUCAAGAUGCCGCCAAAGCCUCGUAAGAACCCUAAUCUAUCCAUCGAUGAUCCGGAGCCUCGAUCAUCUUUUGAUGAUCAGGACAGCACGGCACCAAACACUCCACAUGCCAAACGGUUCCCGCAUAUUGGCAGCGACUUAUCACCGCCUCCAAGCCGAUCCGAAUCACAAACAAGGAAAGCAAAACGAGGCAAGUUCAACACUAUCUUUCAUUCGCAUGAGCACAAUGAAGACCACAAGCACGAAUUGCGUCCGGACUCUGCUGGAACAGACAGGAAAGGAAGAUCGCGGCAGACCAGUGAGGAAACGCCAGACGACAAACAUAUCGGCACAGCCAUUUUAGCAGCUCCCGGUGCUGUCAUGAAUCUACUCGGUCACCGCAAGAACGAUAGUGUCAGUAGCUUGCCUAGUCCGGACAAGCUCCGCCGCCGAGAUACCCAAGAGCCGCAUUCUGCUGUCACUCGAUUCUUCAAGGGCGUGAAGAACGAGGGUACAAAAGUCGGUGACAUCAUCUUCAGAAGAGACCGAGCCGAUGACUCUGACGCGGACACCAUGUCCGACCGUAACUCUGUCGACUUUGAUGACGACGGUCCGGUCAAAACCAAGCAUACCAAGCGGCCCCCGAUCAGUCGAACCGUCACGGCAGGUACAGAUGGUAGCAUCACAAACAAAGAACGUAGCCAUCUGGAACUGCCCUCGUUCCGGCCGGUCCACACGAUUGCCGACGAAAACUCGGAUUAUGAGCAUCACAUCUCACGCCAGGCACGAGAGCAAAAGAACAGUCGCUCGCCUCGGGUCGAUCGACUAUUACCACCACGCAUGGAUCUGGGCACGAUAUCUGGAAAUUCUUCCACGGGGUCUCUCACUCUUACGCGUAGCCACAGCCAGGAGCGAAUCAAUCAAGUGCUCGCUCGGCCUGGUGGUGACAUGGCGGGUCUGCCACCUACUGGACUAAGAGACGCAAACAGGCAGCGCAGUAGCUCUCGACCUGGCCUUAACGGUAGACAUUGGAGCAUCGCCGACGGUGACGAUAAUGCCGUUGAUCGGAACAAGAACGAUGCGAACACAGUCACUCAGGCAGACAUCGCUCGCGUCCGCGCACUCUUUCUCUGCUCAGGUGUCAAAGCGAGAGAGAUUACACGACGAGCGAAUUCUACAAGAGAACCGCCUCCCGACUUUCUUUCGCGCGCUGCCGCUACAUCAAAAAUGAAAAUCUACCCUGUGCCGCGCAAGGAAGAACAUGUUCUUGCCGCGCGCAUACUAGUCAAGGACCUAGAGUCGUCGACCAAGGCUUUACAGACUUCGCUUGAGAGCUUCCGUGACAAAGCCAUCCAGCAACUCACAAACCAGAUUUCGGCUUUGCAAUCUACGGUUGACUCAGACCUUAUGCCGCGUAUUCUAGAAAGCGGAGACAAAGCUGUGCGCAUCACAAGUGAGGUAUCUGGACAAGGUCCAUUACAAGUUAAGCAAAUCACAGACGAGAUAGACCGCAUGAUUCGCACGCGCAAACGUAGAAUGCGCUGGGUUCGGGGAUUUGGAUGGAUGCUGGUCGAGUGGGCUCUUGUUGCACUCAUGUGGUGUCUAUGGCUUAUUGUUGUGCUCGUCGGGUCCGUCAAGAGAGUGUUUGUGUCUGAAAAGACACGUAUGUUCUUGGUGUUGUUGGUUUUCGAGGUUGCUGUUUCAAGAUAUCAGAGAUGGAUUUCCAGACAGUGUUCGUCGCCAAAGACAGUGGCACCAGCCAUGUCCAGUCACGGGCCAUCUUCACUUGCAGCACUCGCUGCAGCUUUCAUCCCUACGGCCAUCAUUGCAACUCUUUACAUGGUCGCAUUCGUGCUCAUUAGGCAUCGCUUUCCCAAAAUCUAUUCACCACGGACGUACAUUGGCACCGUGCCAGAAAAGGAUCGCACGCCAUGUCCAAAAUCGCCAGGUUACUUCGACUGGAUUCACACUAUGAGAACGGUUCCGGAUAAGUUUGUGCUUUACCAUCAGUCGCUUGAUUCUUACCUGUUUCUUCGUUUCAUGAGGACUUUGAUAUUCAUCUGCAUAAUCGGCGCUCUCAUUACCUGGCCUGUUCUUCUGCCUGCCAAUUGGACUGGUGGCGGCAGCUCGAAAGAGCUUAAUCGCUUUGGCAUUGGCAAUGUGAAGAACAAGGACCAUCUCUAUGCGCAUGCUGUUGUGGCCUGGGUGUUCUUCAGUUUUGUCAUGUUCACGGUUGCGCGGGAACGACUCUGGCUCAUUGGACUACGGCAAGCAUGGAACCUGUCAAAACCGAACGCAAAGAGGUUGUCUUCACGUACCGUACUGUACCUCUCGGCGCCUACUGCAGCUCUCGACGAGGGCAACAUGCAGCGUUUUUUCGGAGAGGAUGCAGUCAGAAUUUGGCCUAUCACUAAGGGUGAGAAACUGGUAUCUCUCGUCUCGGAGAGGAACUCCAAGGUCGAAGAGUUGGAAAGCGCUGAGAUGUCUCUGAUCCUGAAUGUUAACAAAGAAGUCGGAAAGAGCCACAAUCGAAACAUCAAGUACGAGCAACUGCCGAAGCAGAUGAAGAAAUCUUUGCGGCCUACUCACAAAUCCAAGACACCAGUUGUUGGCAAGGAAGUUGACAGCAUCAGCUAUUAUCGGGAUCAGAUCAGAGAAAAAGAGGACGAUAUCGAGAAGGCUCGCGAGUCGAAUGAGACAGCCGAGAGUCUUGGUGGAGCUGCAGCAGUCUUUGUAGAGUUCCGCACGCAACCUGCGGCUCAGCGAGCGUACCAGCAGAUCGCAUCGGCUGACGUCCUUUCUCUUACGCCUCGCUUCGUCGGGACUACGCCCAACGAAGUUGUCUGGGCCAACUUAAAUCUAGCACCUGCUCGUCGCAUAUCACAGAGUGGCGUCGCCCUGACUCUCGUAAUCGCUACGAUUGCGUUUUGGUCCAUUCCAGUCGGCAUAGUUGGUGCUCUUUCUAACGUUCAAUAUCUUGCCGAGAAUUUUAAAUGGCUCGCGUUUCUCAACAAGAUUCCAUCAGGGAUUAUGAGCCUUCUGAGUGGUCUACUCCCUCCACUGGUGCUAAGCGCGUUAGCCAGAUAUGUACCGAACAUCUUCAGAUACAUCUUUACUACCUUUGGAGAGCCGACCAAGACUGUCAUUGAGAUUAAGGUGCUGAAGUGGUACUUCGUUUUCCAGGUACUCCAAGUCUUCCUUGUGACAACACUCGCUUCGGGUGCUGCGGCAGUAGCAUCACAAAUUGUUCAAGACCCAAGCUCGGUACCUCAACUUCUUGCAGAGCGUCUGCCAAGGGCAUCAAACACAUACCUCGCGUACUUUGUCGUCCAAGCUUUGACUAAUGCCCCGAGCAACAUACUGAACUACACCGACGUUCUCUCGUUCUGGUUCUUUGACAAGUUAUUUGACAAGACGCCUCGCCAGAAGUACAAUAGCUACAUCACAAUGAGGGGCAUGGCUUGGGGCAAGCUUUUCCCGAAGUAUGGCAACUUUGUCAUAAUUGCAAUCGUUUACGCCUGUAUUGCACCUCUCGUUCUUGGCUUCGCCGCCAUUGGCCUAGUGAUAUUCUACUGGAGUUAUCGAUACCAGCUAUUAUAUACCGCACAGCCCAAGAUUGACACCAAAGGACAUGCCUAUACGCUCUCUCUACAACAGAUCCUUGUUGGAAUCUACCUCGCUGAGAUCUGUCUUAUCGGUCUCUUCAGCUUACGCGACGCGACUGGUCCCUUAAUCAUGCUUGUCGUCCUACUCCUUGCUACGAUCAUGUUCAACUAUACCACGAACCGCUACCUUGCUCCCCUCGAGCAGUUUUUACCUGCAGAUCUUGCACUCGAAUCUGAAGACGAUGAGCAAGCACCACUGCUAUCUUCCGCAGAGGAAGGCGAGUCGGAUGCUUUGGAGCACGCAGAGUCAAGGAUCAAUCGUAUAAGCGAACGGACACGCGUACCAUCCAACGUUGUCUCACCACUGGCCCGCUUUCUGCAGCCACACGUCUUCGGUAGCCAUACUGCCUUGAAGGCUUGGCUGCGCGAUGGCGAUUUUGACGAAGACGAAGAACCACAAUACAGCGAAGAGGAUCUGAAGAAGGCAUAUCUCAACCCAGCCUUCACCAGCAAGACGCCCAUAGUCUGGUUGGCCAAGGACAGUAUCGGUGCUAGUAAGCACGAGAUCAGUGAGAACGAGAAAACUGGGUUGAAGGCUACCGACCAAGGUGCAUGGGUUACAGGGGACGGGAAAUUGAAAUGGAGUGUGGACAACUUUGAGGAGCUGCCAGUGUUCAAGAAGGCUAUCAAAUGGUGA